GGGCACCGCCGGGCAGCGGCGCCGCAGCCUGGGCUGGCGGAACCUCGCGCUCCGACUCGCCCCCCGCCUGUAGCCCGGUCGGCGUUGCGGGCAGGCGCCGCUCCGCUGGGGAUUGCUAUGCUAUGCCUUGUAUGACUAAGACCUCUUACCAAGAAUACGUGUCAGACCAUAAAACCACUGCCAAGGAGUGCAGGGGUGGCAAUGAAACAGCCCAACAGGAAAAGGAAGCUUAAUAUGGAUUCCAAAGAGCGUAUGGAUCAGGACGGAUGCUUGGAGCAAACUGAAGAAGAAAAGAAGCCUAAGGAUGGCACAACCCCUUUGAGUCACGUUCCUUCAGCAGCUGCGCAGGGAGCAUGGUCUUGGGAGUGGUACUUGAAAGAACAGAAGGCGGUCGCAGCACCUGUUGAGCUGUUUUCCAAGGAUCAGUCCUUUCCAGAGCAUGAAAAUGGUUUUCAGAUUGGAAUGAGAUUAGAAGGCAUUGAUCCCCGACAUCCAUCGGUAUUCUGUGUGCUUUCUGUAGCGGAGGUUUGUGGUUACCGUCUAAGACUUCAUUUUGAUGGUUAUUUAAGUUGCUAUGAUUUUUGGACCAAUGCUGGUUCCCCUGACAUUCAUCCAGUAGGGUGGUGUGAAAAGACCAAACAUGAAUUGCACAUCCCUAAGGGUUAUAGAAAAGAUAAAUUUGUUUGGAUGGAUUACUUGAAGGCCUGCAAAUUGCAAAAUGCUCCAAAGAAAUUAUUCAGAAACAGAAGUCCUAAUGGGCCAAUGCCUAAAGAAUUUCAGGUUGGAAUGAAGCUGGAGGCCGUGGACAGGAAGAACCCUUCCUUGGUGUGUGUGGCGACCAUAGCAGAUAUUGUUGAAGAUCGCUUGCUAGUGCAUUUUGACAAUUGGGAUGAUAGUUACGAUUACUGGUGUGAUGUUAAUAGCCCUUAUGUCCAGCCAGUUGGUUGGUGUCAGGAGAAUGGAAGAACUCUGAUAGCACCCCAAGGUUAUCCCAAUCCAGAAAAUUUUUCCUGGACAGAAUACCUGGAAGCUACUCAAACCAAUGCAGUUCCUGCCAAAGUUUUUAAAAUGAGGUUGCCUCAUGGUUUUCUGCCAAAUAUGAAACUUGAAGUUGUGGAUAAACGGAACCCCAGGUUAAUUCGUGUUGCUACGAUUGUAGAUGUUGAUGACCAAAGAGUAAAGGUUCAUUUUGAUGGUUGGGACCAUAAGUAUGACUACUGGGUGGAGGCAGACAGCCCUGAUAUCCACCCGAUCGGAUGGUGUGAUGUCACAGGGCAUCCACUGGAAGUGCCGCAGCGAACGAAUGACCUGAAGAUCCUUCCAGGUCAAGCUGUCUGUCCUACUCCCGGGUGCCGAGGAAUAGGCCAUAUCCGUGGUCCACGUUAUUCGGGACAUCACAGUGCUUUUGGCUGCCCAUAUUCAGACAUGAACUUGAAAAAGGAGGCAACACUUCAUGAUCGUUUGAGAGAACAAACACAGGCAAAUUUGGAAUCAGACUCUUCACAUUCAAAAUCAAAAAGCCUCUGUAGUUUGAGCUUCAAUGGAAAACAUGAAAAGGUGAACAGUCAGCCCAGACUUGUACAGCAGGCAAAGUGUUUGAAAAUCAAAGGAAAAGAAGAUAUUGACUUGGAUAAUCUCUUCAGAGGCCAGGUGCGGUGGCUCGUGCCUGUAAUCCCAGCACUUUGGGAGGCCGAGGCAGGCAGAUCACGAGAUCAGAGAUCAAGACCAUCCUGGCCAACACAGUGAAACCCCAUCUCUACCAAAAAUACAAAAAAUUAGCCAGGCGUGGUGGUGGGUGCCUAUAGUCCCACCAACUGCAGAAGCUGAGGCAGGAGAAUUGCUAUUGCUUGAACCCAGGAGGCAGAGAUUACAAUGAGCUGAGAUUGCACCACUGCACUCCAGCCUGGGCAACAGAGCAAGACUCCAUCUCAAAAAAAAAAAAAAAAAAAAAGAGAAAAAGGUGGAGGGGGCGGAGAAAUUCCUUUUAAUGGGUACAAACCACACAAUGCAGGUGACCAUUACUCUAAAAGCCCAGGCUUCAUCACUAUGCAAUAUAUCUGUGUAACAAAACUGUACUUGUGCCUGCUAAAUCUAUGAAAUUAAAAAAAAAAACCAUGAAUCUGAUUUGCUUUUGGUCACCAGAUGUCUGCAGAUAGGCACACAGAGGUGUGAGACAGCACUUUCCAUUUGCCCUUCAUCUCGUGUUCCUCUGCCAUUCCCCAUGAAGUCGUGCUGGGGCUGACCUGCUGGAGGAUGAGACCUGUGAAGCUGAGUCAGCUGCCCCGGUCAUCCCGGCCAAGGCCAUGUCCUCUCUGCUCAGCCAACAACUGUCCAACAAACAUGUGAAUGAGUCCUGCUGAAAUCAGAACUGACCAGCCCACUUGAGUCUAAAUCCCUGACAGACAGAUGUGUGAACUAAGUAAAUACUUAAAAAAAUGAGAUGCUGAUGGUCCCUGAAUUUCUCAAGAGGCAAAGAAUGGUCCCACCUAGCAACUUAUAAAUGUUCAGAAGUUAGAUGGCCACGGAGAAGUAGCACCUCAUGUAUGUUCUCUUGCUAUCUACAGUAAGGUGAAUGAAGGCAUUUACCUUCUCUGCACCCAGAAAACCUAUAACCCAAUGCCCAGGAACACAAGAAUGCUGUUCACCGUUCUGCUGUGCUUAUUAGCAGAAGAUAUGUCAGCUCACAAAAUCCCCUUUGAAACAGAAACUAAAAUAAUGCUCAAUGAUCAUUCUACUCCCACGGGAGGAGGAAGAGGAGCAUAAAUCAGGACAAGAGCUGGGUUUAGAACUUGGAUCACAUGUGGUUUUUCUCAAUGAUCACAAACCCCAGCUUCCUAUAAUUAAUAAUUGGAUGUAUUAAAUAUUUUAUGGAGCAGUCUAUCCAGAGAGCAACUAUAAAAUGGAAACAUGGAUCAGCUUGGUAAAGGGAAAGAUGAAAUUGUAGAAUUAAUUAGUUUGUUCGUGCAUUGAGUAUUUCAUAACAAUAAACUUACUGUAUUUAUAAAGGGAGAAAACUCUGGGUGUAAUUUGGCUGCCUGGUUGUUUAUAUCCUACAGUGCAGUUUCAGUAUGUUUCAUGUUUGUGUGCCUGUUUUAAAAUGUUUUACUUCAUUAUCGUAAGAAGUUUUUAAUGCAAUGAAACUUCAAGCCAGAAAAAUCUUAGAAAAUUAAUGAAAUAGGGAGUAGAGAGAAAUGGAGAUAGCAUUAAACUAAAUACAAAGAAGAAAUUGAAACAAAUUUUUUUAUUUGACAAAAAUUAGCCGGGCGUGGUGGCGGGCGCCUGUAAUCCCCGCUACUCAGGAAGCUGAGGUGAGAGAAUCGCUUGAACCUGGGAGGUGGAGGCAGUGAGCUGAGAUCGUGCGACUGUACACCGCCAGCCUGGGCAACAGAGUGAGACUCCGUCUCCAAAAAAAAAAAGAGUCUCUUCAUUAAAAUAAACCUGAUACUUCACUUGUUUAGUAAAGCAAUGCAAAUUAAUACCUGAUGAUAAAGUCAGAAGAUGUAUAUAUGUUUGUGUUCCUGCUUUCUUUCAUUUCACAGUCUAAUUCUCCCAGACAUGGAUUUUUGCUAGCUAUUUGUUCUAUCACCCAGAAUUUUGAGAAGGCUUAAAAGCAUAUUAUUGAUUUGUGCACUUGGUGCAAAAUUCAAAAGGUAUAAAGGGGUAUACAGUAAAUAUAAGUUCUCUCCCUGAACCUGAUCCUCAGCCUUCAGUUUCCUCCCUUGGAAUAAUCACUGUACACUUCUCUUGUGUGUCUUUCUAAAAAUAUGUUCUGUUUAUUUAAGUAUAUGUGUGUAUGUGUAUUUACACAAGUGAUGGCAUACCGCAUACAUUGUUAAACAGUUUCCUCGUGUCCUUUAGCAAUAAAAUCUGACCAGCAGUUCUUAACACAUGGAGCUGCACACUAUAAGUGACCACCCUGCCCAUGGCCACCUGGGUGGUUUUCAAUGUUGCUAUGUAAAGGAGGCUUAAAAGUGUCUUCUAUAGGUGUCAGCUUGACUGGAAAAUAAAAAGUGUCUUCUGUACUCAUCACUCAUGCUUGUGAGAAUCUACAGGAUAGAUUCUGUAUGUGAAUCUAUCCUAUUCUAAUCCUUUUCAGCAUUUCCUCACUUGUUCAUUUUUCCAAAUGAACUUUAAUAUCAGUUUUUCUGUUACAACUUUUUUCCAUUCUAGUUGGUUAAUUUUGAGAUUGCAAUACAUUUAUUAUUUAACUUUUAAUUUUACCCUUUAUGAACUUGAGCAUAGUAAGCUGUUCCCAUACUCAAACAUUUCAUGUCCUGUAAUUGCAUUCUAAGUUUUCCUUUAUGUAGAACUUGCACCCUUCUUACGAAGUUUAUUCCUAAGCACUUUAUCAUUUUUGUUGCCACAGUGAAUGGAAGUAUUUCUUCUUUGAUGUCCUCCACCUAAGAUUGUUUGUAUGGAAAGGUUGUAUAUUUCUGUGUAUUACAUUUAAUCCUGCCACUGUAAUCUUCUUAUUUGUAAUUUUUUCAUGUAAUUAUUUUGGGUUUCUAGGUAAAUAAACAUGUCACCUACAAA